AUGUACGAGCCCGCGUUCUUGCAAGCAUGGACCAAGAGUCCUCCUGGAGGACGUUACUGGAUUGUUGAAUACGGCGGGUCCUCAGUCAGACCAGUCGGUGGUAAGGAAGCUUACGACCAUCUCAAGGACAUCUUUGAGCGAGAGCAGGGAAGACAGAGACUCUUAAAAGAAAUGGACCUACCGGAUGGAACUGGCAUGAACAGCGGUCCCCAAAACACAACAUUCACAGAUCUAAAGCCCUGGCUUGAGAGGACCGGCUGGGAUUAUAUCGGAUCCGAAGGGCAGAUAAUCAGUUCUGCUGGUGAUGAAAGCAGAAUCGCUAAUCUCAUCGCUGCGGUAGACGCCGUGAUGGACCGCUGCGAGCAGACGGCGCGGACAACAAGCAGGAGCCUGUUAUGUUGGCUACGUAGCGUACGACCCCACGUCUGCUACGCCAAGCCCUUCACUUUUGUGGGGAAGGCUGCUAGCAGGAAGCAGUACAUUCGAGUGCUUAAAAGGUUUAUUGCGAUGGUCUUUCGAGCCUUCAACCUACCUGCAGACAUCCGACGGCGUCAAGCCGGCAUACGGCUCAAGAAAUCACAUAUUCAUGAGUUAGAUGAAGAGAGCAAUGAUGAAGAAAGGCACAAUGACGACAAAAUCUCGAGUGGAUAUGAAAGUGAUGCCACAUUGGGGUUUGAGGGCUCGGAAAACGACGACAUGGAUGAUGGAAAUAGUGAAUACGAAGAUGACGAAACACUUGAGCAAGACGACAUUGACGAUCACAAAGUGGAGACUUGUACGCUAGGAGAAUCGGAUGGGAUGACAUCACCAUUGGUCGAAGAAGUGUUGGAACUGCUAUUCGGACUGAUUAUGGAGUUCAGAACCGAAGAAGUCAUAGAUGGGCGACCGGCGUCGACCCUGUUGGUAUAUUUUAGUGGGAUUCUUGGAUUCACAGCCGAUCUCAACAGCUUUCUCCCGGCCAGGUCGUAUACGUCUAACCUUGCGGCAUUGAUAUACAUUCAACGACUUCUGUUCCUCGAGUAUGCCUUACCAGCACGAGGUUAUGCUACCCUUGGAAUCACACGACGUCCUCGGACAGGCCAGGUUCCACUGCUACAGAAAACAAGGCUGGAAUACCUAGUUCUCGGAUCACAGUCGCCAUUCGAAGAACUCUUCUCGCUCCUCGCAUACGGAAGGGCAAUAGCUGGUUCAGAGACGCCCGCGUUCCUUCUCAGAUGGAGCGAUGAUAGCCAGACUGUGUCAUACAAAGACGAAAUCUCGGUCAAUAUGGAACAGUUCCGACGUCUCCCAAUGACGCUUUUAGAGUGUGCGGAAACUCUUUCUGGGCAAUUGAUGUAUGGAUGGAAACCUCCCUGUGACCUUUCUUCCGCGAAAGACGACAUCUCGAAUACGACACCCGGAUUCUCAUUCGUUAGUCAUCCGAAGAACGAUCUGACAGAAGCCUAUUUGGAGCUAUCGUUGAAAGCUUGCACCAGUCAACCAAGCCCACUCUCGCGCAAAGGGAAAUGGCAUCGCGGUGCUAUCCUAUCAACCAUUCAGAAAUGA